CUCUGCGCUGUUCCAACCGGUUAUCUACCCGAGUUCGUUCCGAUUUCCCUCAUCCCGUCCGACAGUAUUUCCGUCGCUACGCGUUAUAGCCCAAAGUUUCGAGUGGUUGAUAACAGCUGAUUACCCCUUUGGUCGGACGGUCCGACGGACUAGAGUGGUUUUGUGGUCGUAUUAGGCGAAUUUGUGAUCCUACUUCCUGUUUGCCCAUAUGGAAUGAUUCUGCGAGCUCCAAACUGAACCAUUAUGACUAGCUAUGUGAUAAUAUUCCUGCUGUUUAUAGUCAACAAGUCCAUUCAAGGCUCCCUGGUGGUAACACCAACAUUGGUGGUCACGGCGGUGAAUAAGUCAUUUAUCGUGUCCUGCUACGACAGCAAUGACAAGAGCGUGGUCGUAGAAUGGAGUGGACGUCAUGGUAAACUAGGCCCCAAUACACGCCCGAAGGUCCAGACAGGAAAAGAUGGCACAAGGAUUUGGUUCAACAUGACCACCUUACAAGACGAUGGGACAUACCUAUGUACAUCUUCGAAGAAUGAAAGUAUACAGUUCAAAUUGGUCGUGGAAGCACCGUUGGAGUUCAUGGAUACCAGUCCCGAGCAAAAAGCCCUCGAGGGAAGAGAUGUGACUAUACGAUGCGAGGUUAGAGGUGGCCGCAGGACGUGGUCCGAUGAGGAUAAUAACGAGAUCAACGAUACAAGAAUAGAAUCGAUAGGAGAUGGACUACUAAUUCAAAAUGUGACUAGGAAGUACUCGAAGAUAUACAUUUGCAAAGCUAUCCAACCAAAUACAGGAACAAUAUUAGAAAAGAGGAUAAGACUGAAGGUGGAACAUGCACCAACAUUCAUCCCACCACAGGGUGUUGCAGAUCACGUGUACGGAUACCUAAACGGGUACGCCAAUCUGACGUGCCUUGUGGAGGCUGAGCCACCAGCGAAGUUCGAGUGGCUGUCAUCGCCCACGAAGUUCAAGAAGACCGGCAACGUUACGGAAUCGCCGAACCAGUCGAUUUUGCAGCUGAAACUUGAGAAAUCGACGUUCGGCAAGUACAAAUGUCGGGCCUCCAACUCCCUGGGGAAGGCGGAACGCAUAAUUAUCUUGGAGGAGGGGGUGCGACCCGACCCCCCCGAAUUCCUGGAACUCCGAGGGGCCAACUCAGACCUCCUAGACCUGGGCAUAAAGGGUCCGGACAUGAAAAAGCUGAAUGCCAGCGACAGCAUGCAGCCGAUCGGCUUCAACGUGAGGUACCGGUCCCGCAAAGAGGAGGAGGGAAGUGAUUGGAGCCAGAGGGAGUUCAACGUGUCUCAGGACAACAGCUAUGUUCUGAGGCACCUGAGGCAUAACACCGAAUACGAAGUGGAGGCAGCGACCAGAAAUGUAGCAGGUCUGAGUGAAUACAGCAACAUCUCGAUAUUCAAAACUCUUCCAUCGGUGAACGACAUUGGCCACAACCUGGAACCAGAGUUCCUUUCUGUUUUCAUUCCAUCAACCUACCUUGUUAUAUCCAUCGCCCUAACAAAGCUUUGAGGAACGUGACAGUCGUUUAGAAUGGUUUAUUUGUGGAUUUGAUUCAUAGAGAACACCUUAUCUUUUUCUUUUUUGAGGUUGAGAACUGUAAAUUUAGAACUGACUGUAAUUGCUAUGAAUUAUGUCAGUAGACGUAACAAUUGGUAAGUUGAUACCGAGGGUGUUCAGAAUGUAUGAGGAAGUAUACGAAUAUACAAAGGGGCAGAAUGAAAGAGCUUUUUCGGAAUUAAUUUAAAUUUUUUUCGAAGAGUUUCGUUUCUUAUUCCGAAUGAAUUUUGAAUAGCAUAGCUUGUCAAGGUUAGAAAUAAGAACAGUGCCAUCGUUGUUAAUUUUGGACAUAACUGCUGUAAGACUAACUACCCCUUCUCAGAAGAUCAAGCGAUCUAUUUCCAUAUUAAUCUUUCAAAAGAUAUUCAUUCUGUCCAUACUUGUAUGCAGAAAUGAUGAUUGAUUAUUUUGAUAUUGUACCUAUAUUUUGAAUAAUCUUUUCUUAUUUGCUGUCAUCAUCAGAUCUGUCGAGCAAGUGAUCUAUCCGACAUACCUACUUAUUUUGACAAUUUUCUUGCUUCUGUAUGUAUUGUAGUAGGUUUUUCUAUCUUAAACGUUUGAAUUUAUUAUAUUCAUAUUCGAGGAAUCUUUUUUAUCAAUUAAUUUUGUUUUUUUGACUGAGAUCUGAUGAAAAAUAAAUUCUAAACUAUACAGAUUCAUAACUGCUUAUAUACUAUUCGAAUUCUUAGGACACACUGGUCCACCUCUUUUCUGUCGAUAUGUAGUGUUGAAAAAGUUGUCGAGAGUUAUCUCAGCCUCAAACUUUGAGUUCAAACAUUUUCAUGCUGAGUUAUGAGAAGUUUCAACUUAACCUUACUAAUAAUCAUGACGGAACAAAAACAAUUAAGAUUUCAGAAAUAAUUUCUCGAAGAAAAAACCGAUGUUGUUUUUUUUCGAAUAGAUUAAACAGAUUUUUCCCUCAAAAAUAAGAUAUCUAAACUACAACAAGUGAAAAUUAACUAUUUGAACAAACUUGAAUAAUGAUCAACCUCGAGAAUAACCCUUUAUAGCCGUUCCAACAUUCAGUGGUACCUUUAACCAGUAGCAAAAAAGAUGUUUGAUGUGCAUUGCCUAAGAAAAUAUAUCAAUCAAUGUGUUUCACCCUUUUACAAUCUUUUCAAUAAUUAUUAUUGCAUUGAAAAUGGCUUUGUUUCAAUAGUAAAUUUUAUUUGAGUUCUUUCCAAAUUUAUACUUCUUAGGGGGGUCAAAGGAUGAAAAGUGGGUGAAAUAAAAGUGCCCAGUGACCAAUUCAGCUCUUGUUGAAGAAUAAACAUUUAUUGGAUGUGACACAAUAGGUAUAGAUGCUAAUUUCCUGGUAGGAAAAGUUUUGGGUUAGAAUCUCUUCACGCUAUUCUUUCUGAAUUGUGAAUAUCAUAUGAAUAUGUUAGAAACUUUGUUGAAUCUUUCACGGAAUUUCAGUUUGAUGGAGUUAGAUAUAACGUUGACAAUAAAAUUCAAUUCUAUUAUUCAGUAUUGAAAAAAAAAAUAAUAAUCGAUUUUGAUAUAUAAGUCGCUAGUAUUUUUCAUUAUUCAUUGCGAAUUUUUUGUUUCAUCAAUAAAAGAAAUCAAUCGGAAAAACAACCAGCUAUUCACCUUUAUAUAUAAUGAAUUUUCCGGGAAUUUGGCUUUCUGAUUGUAACUGCAGAUAGUGAAUGAAUCCUAAGUGUAAAGGGAAAGCAAAACAAUUUCACUUAAAAGUAUCUUAUAUUUAUAUUGAAAAGCUGCUUCUAGUCAAAAGAUUUUUUCUGUUAUCAAAUCGUUUUUGUUUGAAUACAUCAUUCCAGAAUUUCUUUCUUUGUUGAAAUGAAAUCAAUGCCCCUAAGAGAGAGAAAUUUUAACAACAUGUUCAUAGAACCUAGAAGUUGCGUUUCAAAAUUAUAUCAAUUUUAAAAAUGAUUUCAAAUAUUUAUGCGAAAGAAAAUAAUAUGUUUAUUCGCUUCGUUCAAGGAAAGAAAGCUUUAAAAGAGUUGAAUGUUACAGAUAUUUAUGCAUUUGUUGAAGAGACUUAUUGAAAAAUUUCUAUAUAUUUUGUUUUGAGGACGCAAAAUGUCAAAGUGCCAAGAAAUAUUAAUUUAUCUAUUCAAGAGUCCUCGAAUGAACAGGCACAUGAUAUUUGAUGAUUUUAAAUUGUGAAUUCUUUCAUAGUCGUAUAUAUUAUUUUCGUUCAUUUGAGAAAAAAUUCCCAUAAUUGUAAAUAUUGUAUGUAAUUAUCUCAAAUAUGAAUGUUUAAAUAAAUUAUCUGUUUAUAUAUGAGCAUUUUGUGUUUUUAUUGGUUUUUCGUACCUGCAAGAGUAGGCAUGUGGGCUAUUAUUCUCAACAAAUGUCUGUAAUUUUGAGCCGAGAUAGGUCUCAAGAGAAAGAGUUCGAAUCGGAAAAAAUGAUGGAGGAAAAAAGUAUUUCUUCUUAAAUCUCUUGUUGAAAUAUAUCUACCAGUCAGCUCACUCUUUAUAUUCACCUGUAUAGAAUAAUCAUUUCUAGCUUUCUAUCAAAUAUCAAGUGGAAUCAUAAAAAUCAAAAAAACCUGCGAAGAAUAAAAAUCUAAUGCGAUGGAUCCAAUGGAGUUGGAAUUUUGCGUGGGAAGAAUAUCAAAUCCAAGCUUCAUGCAGAUUUUGCUGCAGAACUUUUGAAAAUUAAAACACAAUAUCAGGUUUAGUCUCGAUUGGUUCGGGCCGGUGAGGACAGGUAGCGACAAUCUCCUUGGUCUCGGCUGAAAUAUUCCGAUGAAACAUUGAAUUAUAAUUGUAAGAAAGAUGAUUCUUUCUGAGUUGUAUCUUAAUUGUUUUACAGAAUAGGCUGAAUAGAACGAGAUGACCGAGGUUCUCUCGGAAAUUUUUUAUGAGCUUUUCAUGAGCUCAAGAAGUGAUGGAUGACAUCGUGUUGGAAGUAUGUUUAGAGCCUACUCUAAUUCUAUUUUUUCAUUAUUUGUCGACCACAAAAUAGGUAUGUAUAGUGUCCAAAAAGAGCACAUGGCCCAUAAAUAAACCGGCGCUCAAAAGUAAGGUCCUUUUUUAUACUCAAUUCUUUGCGCCUUUGAGUAUGGGUUAUUUUGAAGCUAAUUGGGGUAACAAGACUGUGCAAUGGUGAACACCGGUCUAUGGUGAACUACUCCAUUUCAAUAGAUAAUUUUUUCUUUUCUUCUACCGAUCAAAAAAUUCCAUAAAAAAUUUACAAUAACACAAUAAACAUAAAUGAGUUCCAUAUUAUAUUUAUUUCACAUUCACACAAACAAGAUUCUUAGAAGAUGGCUAUAAGAUUCUAUGCAUGAAUAUUACUCACUGAUAUGAUAUGAUUUCAUGUUCGAGUGAAGAAACAUCAUUAUAAAAAUAAAUAGUCAUUGAAUAUAUCUAUUAAAUCUAGUUUUCCGAAGAUAUAAAUCACUUUACAAGUUAUCAGUCUAGGAAAUACAGUCGAGUAUAUUUUUCCUGAAUUUUUCAAACGCUUAAGACGAAAAUUUGAAUCUGUAAAGAUAUGCUAUGCACGACAAGUGAUUACUACGAAAGUAACGAUAACAAAGAGUACCCAAGGUGAGUAUCAUCAAAAU